AUGUCUCCCAAACCUCAAUUCCUCAUUGACCUCGAAAGAGACGGCUACGUCGUAGUCCCCAAAGUAAUCCCUCCAAAGUCCUGCGAUGAUUUCAUCGCCUCCGCAUGGUCCUGGCUUGAAAGCUUCCCACACGGCUUCAAACGCAAUGAUAUCAGCACCUGGACCGCCGACCAUCUUCCCUACGGUCAAGAUCGUGGACUCUACAAUCGCUACUCGGUCAACCACGAGGAUUUUGUAUGGAAGAUCCGAACCGAACCGGGAAUUCUCGCCACUUUUGCCGCCGUUUGGGGAACGGAAGAUCUUAUUGCAAGUUUUGACGGGAUGAAUGUCAGUCUUCCUGUGAACCCCAAAUCGGGGAGAACGGAUGUUGAGGCGACAAGUCCUUGGCCGCAUAUAGAUCAGAAUCCUCGCACGAUAGAGAGAUUGGAGCUUUAUCAAGGGAUUGCAAAUUUGGCGAAGAAUGGACCCGAUGAUGGCGGGCUGGUAGUUCUUAAGGGAAGCCAUUUGUUGCACAAACAACAUUUUGAAGAAAUUGGUGGGUUCAGAGAGGGUGCUGAUGCUGGAAUUGGAGAGAAUGGUUACAAUUUCGAAAAGGGCGAUGAUAAGUGGUAUAGAGACAGGGGUUGUGAGGAGGUCAAGGUUUGUGCAGAAGCGGGAGAUCUAAUUCUGUGGGACAGUAGGACUAUCCAUUGGAAUGCUGCACCUACUGGUGAACAUACAAGGUUUGCGACAUACGUCUGCUAUUGUCCCAAGAGUUGGAUGUCAGAACCAGAGCUUGAGAAGAAGAAGGAAAUAUUCAAGGCACGCAAAGGAACCACUCACUGGCCGAACAUGAACAUUGUGCCGGCCGAUAAAGAAGGUUACUUUUAUGCCACGCCAAGGAGGCCGGAUGAUUCGGCUGAUGUAGCAGACCGUGACCGGCCUUUCCAUGAGCCUGCAGUAACGCCAGCAGUACUCAAACUCGCUGGAUGGGCAGCAUAG